GCUUCUGAAGCACUUGGAAGGUGGCGAUGGCAUUGCAAAUGUUUACUAUUCCGGAAAGGAAGGUUCCUACAAUGUCAUGGUUAUGGACCUUCUUGGGCCAUCUCUCGAGGACCUGUUUAAUUCUUGUCGGCGGACUUUCUCCGUGAAGUCCGUCAUGAUGCUGGCGAACCAGAUGAUCUCAAGGAUCCAGUAUCUCCAUGCGAAGGACUUCGUUCACCGAGAUCUGAAGCCAGACAAUUUCCUUGUUGGUGCUGGGAGGAACUGCAAUACAGUUCACAUUAUCGACUUCGGCUUGGCGAAGCGAUAUCGCAACUCCAAGCGUCAGCACAUUCCCUUCAGCCAGCGAAAAAGCUUGACGGGAACGGCCCGCUAUGCCUCGGUCAAUGCCCACAAGGGAGCCGAGCAGAGUCGCCGCGAUGACAUGGAGGCCUUGGGCUACAUCUUGCUCUAUUUCAGCCGUGGGAUGCUGCCAUGGCAGGGCCUGCAGGCGCAAACCAAAGAGCAAAAAUAUCAGAAGAUUCUGGAGAAGAAGCAAGGAGUUAAUGUUCAACAGCUGUGCGAAGACUGCCCUCCAGUUCUUGCAACAUAUGUUUCCUACUGCAAGUCGCUCGGCUUCGAAGACGAGCCAGACUACACCUACCUGAAGAAGCUUUUUACGGACUACUUGUCGAAGCAGGGAUUGGAGGACGAUGGGCAGUUUGAAUGGAGCAGUCGCGUCCGAGCCGGAUCCGGCGACGAAAGCAAGUCCAAAGAGCAAGACGGUCGGAAGCGUUCAAGACGUCACCUUUCCAGUUCCACAGGAGUUGUGGCGACCGAAACUGGACGCACAAGUCUCCGAACGGCUAGCAGAGUGACGUCCAGAAAUGCCCUUGGUGAUGGCAUGCUCCAUGAAGUCAGCGACGUCCGUCUCCCUAAUGUUGCUACGAAAAGCGAGAAGCGAGGAUUGCCUCUCAGCCAGAAGGACAAUGCGCAGAAAGCUCGGCUCGAACAGAUGCAGAUCUGGUUUCACCCGUCUGUCAUGGUGAGGGCAAAGCGUGCGAGUCCACUUCUUGCCGGUGCUCGCGCCAGAUCUAGCCGAUUCGGGCAUUCGCGUGGGUUGAUGUUGAGCCGCAGCACAGUCCCUUUACAUGACGAUGUGUCCUCUCUGGCUGAGCUUGCGGCAAUCCGUGUAUCCACUGGGGCGUGGCAACCUUGGCAAGAUGACUUGCACACGCCCCGGAUUGCCCGGCCGCAGUCACAGCAGCCACCACAACCGCCUCCGAGGCAGAUCCAAAAGAACCGGUCUCGCCAUAAAGCCAGCGAAGACCUUGCGGAGAGAUCCUGGCUGGGAUCGGCUGAUGUUCGAAUAUGGGUCAUGGAAGAGAAACGCAACACGGAGGUUGCCGACAAAGAUUUGCCGGAGGCAGAGUACGGCUCUUUCAGAGGACGGGCACGCGCCCAGUCGGUGGACUCGGCCUUCAGCAUGGGCCAGGUGAGGCGUGGAAUUCAUGCGGAUACUCUGGGAGUGGAGAUGGAAGCGGAGAAAGUAAAGGCUUUCCUGUGUCACAAGUACAUUCUGGCGGGGGCAUCGCAGCUACUCUGCUACCGGCUGCGCUGUGCAGAGCAGGCUGAGGGUGUCCAUGCCUCGCUACUGAGGGCAGCAAGCAAAAGUCUGCGAAAUGCUGGCCGGGCCACACCAUCUCCUCCAUCCAGUCCAUCCAGGCAUGGGAAGCGGCCCCGAAGGCAGCAGCUUCGGCAGACACGAUCAUCGCUGCUGGAGUUUGAGCUCAGAGUGCAGGAGCAGCCAAAUGCCUUUGGUGGUCUCAUGACGAUGCUGUAUGGCGUGCCUCUCAAGGUGACCUUGGCUGAUCUCAAGAAGCUGUGUGGUAGAGGAUGGUGGCCGCUCAUGAGCCUUGCCAAAGAGCUUCGGGUGAAGAGCGUCGAGGCAUCAUUGAGGAGCCUUCUCAUGGACCUAUGCAGAAACGCGCCUGUGGACAUGCUUUGGGGAUUGCUCCAGCUAACACAUGCUCACAACUGCCAAGCUGAGAUGAAGUGGUGCUGCGAGGUGUUGGCCAGAAAUGGGGGGAAGGUCUCCGGGAACGCUGGGCUUGCAGCUGUUCGGUCUUUGAAUUUGGAGGCACUUGGAGUUCUGCUGUCCAGCGAUGGCUGGGUGGUUUCCAUGGAGUCCGAGCUGUUUCUGAUCGUGGAAGCAUGGUUGAAAGGGCAAACUUGGGUCGACUGGUCCAAGAAAGGCCCCCAGCCGGAGAAACCACAACCGCAUGUUUAUGCAGCAUCUGCCAAAUGGGGUAUUCGCUGGGGCCACAUCCACACCGAGCUGAUGGACAGGCUGGCGUUUAACCGCAUCAUCCCAGCGUCUCUGCUCAGCGAUGCAGACCGCUGGCGUGCUUCCGCAGGAGUGGUUCUGCCACCACUGGCUUCUCGCGACACGAGCAAUGUCGAGACAGGGCAGAGCCGAAGAGAGGAUGCACUUCCGGAUGCGUUCCCUCCAAAAGAUGCAAAAGCACCGAAAGAGCGAAAACAGACUCCGGAGAAGCCAUCACCGAGUCCUCGUCGUCCUGACCGACGGAGCACCCAGAAGCUCGCGCCGAGAAAGUCCUCGGUUUCCGAGGAUCCCCCGCAGAGUCACCAGGGUCACCAAGGUCACCAGAGUGCCGAUUCAAGGGCAUUGAGUGAUGCCAUCCGAGUCAUCCUUUCAGCUCGAGUCUCGUCUGGGAGCACCGUGCCUGUGGCUCCUGAGACUACGGAAUGGCGCACUCAGUCAGUGCAAUUGCAACAGUCCGCCAAUGCCAUGGACAGCUUCCUUCAGGGUACCAGUGCCAUAUGCGACGCCGUGGAUGUCCGUUUUGGCCUUGAGUACACGCACUACCGUCGACUGGAAGAAAAGUCUGAGCACAAGGAAGAGCAAGAGAUAUCCGAAGAGCUUAAGGCAGCAAAAAAGCUGGCAGGGAAGCGACUGGCAUAUGUGACUCCAAGUUGUCCGUGGAUGACGCGGCGGCGUUGCUUUCACACAUCCUUUGCCACGUCCUGGCAUGCCUUUCAAAGUUUUGCAACGGUAGCUGUGGAGAAGGGAGCUACAACUAUGCACUACCGACAAGCUCUGCAACAUUCCGAAGCUGUCAGCAAGGGCCAGAAGGAGAACAGGCUCUCAGCCACCUGCGAGAUCCUGAACCUGCAGGGAGACUUCUCGCGGAUGGUCUCGGCAACCUCCACAGUCUCGGCGGGCGAAGAGUCGGCGUUUUCAUCGAACAUGAACGAUUUGGAUGAAGACGUGACGAGAGGCGCGCUCGUUCAUUUGAUAGCCACACGGGCCGUCACCAUGGGGCGGCACGAGUUCUUGUUUCGGGUUCUUGUGGAACGGCCUCGUUUCCUGGACCGGGAAGCCGACAGUCUGGAUACCAAAGACAUCAUUGAGAAGUUUUCAGCAGCUGUCAAGCUUGGCGUGGGCAUUUUUGCAAAUCCCACGUUCUCAUCUGUUCGCCCUACAGGGGAAGAGAGCUUGUUUGACAAGCAGUUCGUCAUCCCACUUGCCAGCGGCAAAACAGCGCCGCACUCAACGCCUUCUGGAGUCGUUUCGGACAUUGUCUGGCUCAGACAAGAUCAGAUGCUCACGUCUGUAUCACAAAGCGAGAUCCCGGAGCAUUGGCCUCCUGCUGGGCUUUUGGACGUCUUUAUCCUCGCCGUGCUUGAGCCGGCCCAAAAAACCUUGAGUGUUGCCGUGGAUGCGGGCUUUACCAAGCCCUUCGGCUGCGAGGACAUGGAGCCCGAGCUCGAGGAAGAGCCCGAGAAGAGCCAGAGCCCGUGGGACGUGGCGGGCACGGGUGCGCCAAAGAUUUUUCCGAUGAUUGCCACACACUUCGUGCAGCGCCGGCAGUUCUUAAGAAGAUGGAGGUUCGAGGAGGCGUUGAAGCAAGACCUGAAAUCUGGCAUCGCAUUGUCCCACUCCAUGAGAUCGGCAGGACCCAAUCCCUUGUUGGUGCCUGUGCUGGAACUGGAUGUGCAAGCGUUGAGCUGCAUGGGUGGCGACGGGGGAAGUGCCACAAUCGAAGCACUACCGGGGGGUGCUUUGAGGCCAUCCUGGUGGAUUGACCGGAUGGGAAACUCUGUAGACAUGCCCCGGCCACAUCUCAGCGCUGAGAUGGAAGAGGAGCCCUCUGAAAGCCUGAGAGGAUAA